UGGUACAUCUGUUUCCAGGAGGAAGUUGCCAAGGCAUUUGGUAUACCGGUGCAAUUUCAACGUUACUGGCUAUGGAAAAAACGCGUGAACAACACAUAUCGUCCUGAACGUGCAUUGACAUCUCAAGAGGAAACUCAAUAUUCCGUUGGCCAACUAAGGGAAAAUUCAAUUACGGUGAAUAAUUCUGAGCUAAAACUGUUUCUGGAAGUAAUACUAUGCCCGGAUUUGCGACGUUUACCUCCACCAGGGAAGAAGAACAAAGAAAUCCUUGUAUUUUUCAAACUAUAUAACCCUGUCGAAGAGAGCAUAAGGUACGUUGGACGACUUUUUGUAAAAGAAAGAAGCAAGCUACUUGAGAUAUUAUCAAAGCUAAAAGAAUUGGCUAGCUUUUCGCCUGAUGAAGAAAUUGAUCUCUUCGAGGAAAUAAACUUUAAUCCCAGUGCGAUGUGUUUACAACUUAACACUAUGCUGAGUCUUCGUGACUACAAUCUGGGCAAUGGGGAUAUCAUUUGCUUUCAGAAAUCCCUUCGAAAUCAACACAGUGAACAAUAUCGUUUUCCUGACGUUCCUUCAUUUUUGAAAUACGUGCACAAUCGCCAGCUAAUAGGGCAUGAAAAUCUUAUUCCUAUAUCUCAUUUGCCUACUAACGGACCUCAGCUACUCGUCGAAGCGGAAACAACAAGUAUGAUGGAUGUACUGGCAGUGGAAGGUCCAGUAUCAGCCCGAUUUACAUGGACUGUCCACAAUUUCUCAAAGUUGAACUGGAAGAAAUCGUACUCUGAUGCUUUUAACGUAGGAACAUAUCAAUGGAGGGUACUGAUGGCCCCAAAAGGGAACAAUGGAGACCAUUUAUCACUUUAUUUAACAGUGGUAAAUACUGCAGCAUUGCCUUCUGGUUGGAUUAGAUAUGCUCAAUUUAGCUUAGCUGUUCUCAAUCAAAUCGAUGACAAAUUCACAGUGAGAAAAGAUACUCAGCUCCAGUUUAAUGCAAGAACGCGCGCAUGGGGUUUCGCAUCAUUCAUGCCUCUUACUGAACUAUAUGAUCCUAGAAGAGGUUAUCUUGUUGAUGAUAAAGUCAUACUUGAAGCUUAUAUUACCCUGCCUUGAAGUUGUUCAAGAUAGGACUUUAUAACCAGAAGGAGAUAAAUUAUGAAUUACUUUUGCUAGACAAUUAUCGAAUAAUCUUAUUACUUCAGUUUAUGACUAUGUUUUACAUGGAUCUAGGUCAUUGUUAACUUUGUGUUUCGUUACUUUGCAUCGUAUUAUCUAGAAGGAUGAUAUAUAUAUAAGGAUAAAAAAUUGUUUUCAGAAAAAGAUUAUAAUAUA